GCAAACGUCUGGAUUUAGAACCGAUAUCGUCCCGAAAGCGUCCGUGGGUUUUGCGGUGGAGAAUCUCGCUUUCGGCCGCAAUAAAACCCCCAGGGCGUCCGCGAACUCCCCUCUGAAGCUUGCUGUGCUCCCACGGACUCUUGUUUGCUCCCGUUCUGUUCUAGAUAUCCUCAAUAGACCUUUGUCGUGGUUACCUGAUAUCUGUGUCCAAACAUGGCUGGCACAACGACAGCGACUCCGACCCCUGUCGCCCGCAAACCUACCGCGAUCGCGGCCGAGGAUGAGAUGCUGAACGAGAGCAUUAAACACGAGUUCCCAGGAGCGGAUAUCAACAUUGGCGCAUUGCGCAAGGCCCUCCCCGCGCGUGUGUUCGAAAAGUCGCUCCCCAUUUCUAUGGCAUACUUCGCCUUCGACACUGUCGUCCUUGCCGGUCUGUUUGUCCUCUACGCCAACUUCUUUUUGCCGGAGCGCCACUGGUCUCUCGGUCUGUGGGCGGCGUACGCCGUUUGGUUCAAUGUCACUGGAAUUAUGCUCUGGUCCCUUUUCGUAGUGGGACACGACUGCGGUCACGGAAGCUUCUCUAACCACAAACACGUCAACGCCACGGUCGGACAUCUGUCCCACGGUUUCCUCCUCGUCCCCUUCUGGCCAUGGGCUCGUUCCCACGCCCAGCACCAUCAGUUUCACAACCAUAAAGAGAAGGACAUGUCCCACACGUGGAGCACGCCAUCGGAGGAGAUCAUGGGCGCCAAGUUCAUCAAGAACCAGCCGUUCCUCGUCCCUGUCGCAUACGCUUUCCUGUACCUUCUUGCCGGUCUACCAGAUGGUAGCCACUUCUUGCCAUGGAGCAAGCUGUUCAGGAACAACAAGGAGCGUGCCCAAUGCGCGUUCAGUGUCGGUGUCGUGUUGACCUACCUCGUUGCCAUCCGGUACGCUUCUGGAUCGUGGACAACGUUCAACUACGCAUACGUUGUUCCAUGGUUGGCCUACAACACAUGGUUGUACGCUGUCACCUACCUCCAGCACCACACCGCUGGCACGCAAGUGUAUAGCGAGAAGAACUGGACCUUCACCACCGGAGCGGUGCAGACCGUCGACCGCGUGUACGGCUACGGAAUCCUUGACAAGUUGAUUCACAACAUCACUGAUGGACACGUUGCCCACCACUUGAUGUACACGUCCAUCCCUCACUACAGGUUGAUGGAAGCGACACCUAUCGUCGCGAAAGUCCUCGGCCCAUCAUACCGCAAAGUCGAAGGCUUCCCACUCUGGGAGUUCCUCAAAUCUCACUGGUACUCCACCCGCCCCAUCCUCUCCUGGUUGCCGGAGAAGGGCAUGUGGAAGAUGAAGUAUCCCUCUGAGGUCGCCGCGGAGACCAAGCAGGAAUAGACGUGCGAAAACAUUAUAGUAUCUGGACGACUUCAUGUCUAUAGACUGAAUUUGCGACGUGGACGCCGUGUUUAGAUUAGGGCUCUAGACGGUGAUGAUGGGAAAUGACGGGGAGGUUCCGUUUUCGCUCCUCUCUCGUUUCCCGCUUUUUUGUACCUUCUUAUUCCCCUAUUUAUCUCAAAUUAAGAACAGCCUUACUUGCGCAA